AUGUCGACACCAACGAUACGAGUCUUGGGUGUCUCUGCAGCCGAUGAGGCAGCACUGAGUGUUGAUGAUAAAGUGAACGCUCCAUCCCGCCUCAGGCUCCACGGUCGGAUCAGUGUUUUCAAUCAGGAUGGCUCUUUUGAUACUGUUCGCAUCCGGUUGCAAGGUGCCAUCCACACCAGGAUUGGGCCACAGGCCGCAGUCGAAAAGAUCGCCUCCACCACCAUUGUCAAGACCAACUUAGAUUUCAAGCCAGCAUACUCCGCAUCUAGGGAGCGAACAGAAGAACAGUAUCUAGACUUUGUCUGCCCGAUUCCAUCCUCCAGACGAGGAGCCCCCGACGAAUUUGUACCGUCAAUGACAUUAUCUGGCACCACUUAUCUCACCAAAGUGACUGCCUUGACGAAUAGGGAACAGUUGGAGGGCUCUUGUCAAGUGGUCUACACGCUCGAGGCCGAGUUCUUGCGGUCGCCGACGAAACAGGUGGUGCGGAGGAUCAGUUGCCCCGUCGACAUCUCAUCUGCUCUGACUUCUCUGGAUGUGGAGGUGACCUCUGGCGGCUACUCAGACCACGUUGAACAGAUCGCAAAGUCUCAGCUGCGAUUGGACCGAUUUCGUGGAUCUCAGUCUCAACCGAAAGUAUCUGUGCACAUGCCGAAGUUGAUCGGCUGCGCUGUCAACGACUUCUCCACAGCUUCCACUGGUUGCCGGCGAUUAACAGUGCCAGUCUCAGUCAAUGUCGCCUUCCCCUCCCAAAUCCGCCGCCAAGCACAAGAAUUACUGGAAAAAGACUCGCUCAGGUGUUCGGUAACGGCGCGCUGGCUCACCAAGAGGACAUUCACAACCGGCUCUUCGGCUGUGGAAUCCACAGUGCACAGCGAUCGUGCAUCGACCCAGAAAUUUGCCAUGACAUUACCGCCCCUCUACAAGCCGAACAUUGAGACGUCCAAAUACACCACGUCAAUGGAGCUGGAACUUCUUCUGCCGGAAUCGAUCUCGACCCCUUCAGUCUCUACAGAUCUAUUGAAAGUCAGUUACACCCUGGAUCUCUCAAUGAGAUUUGAAGCGAGCGGAAAUGAUUCGCUCAAGGGGCCGUAUACGGCAAACUUCAGUCUCCCAGCGGUACUUCGUGCCGCUCAACCACAAUCAUUGAUCAGCCGUCGCAGUUUCGAUCCACUUCUAGGACUCGUUGAGGAGCAGUCAGUCUAUGCUCCACCUCCAUAUGUGUACUAG